AAAGUGAGUUCAUUCCCCCAGAGCCGAGCAGACGAAGCGCCGUCGAUAGGUUUUUGCCCUUCUUCUGGUCUCCAGUACCACGACUCGCUCAGCGAGACAACGGAGAGACCUUUCCACCGAGCCCGGCCAUGGACGAACAGGCAGGGCCCGGUGUGUUCUUUAACAACAACAACAACUCGGUUUUACCCGGCGGUGUCAAAGGACCGCUGCCCGAUGGCGACGCUGGGGAGGCGGCCAGGGCGCAGUACAGUAUCCCGGGGAUCUUGCACUUCCUGCAGCACGAAUGGGCCCGUUUCGAAGUGGAGAGAGCACAAUGGGAGGUAGAGCGGGCCGAAUUACAGGCCCAGAUUGCCUUCCUGCAGGGGGAGAGAAAAGGCCAGGAGAACUUGAAGAAAGACCUGGUGAGGAGGAUCAAAAUGCUAGAGUAUGCGCUGAAGCAAGAGAGAGCAAAGUACCACAAGUUAAAAUAUGGGACAGAGUUAAACCAAGGUGACAUGAAGCCUCCGAGCUAUGACUCUGAUGAGGCCAAUGAGAAUGAGACUUCUGGGUCGUUCAACAAUCAACUGUCCUGGAAACAAGGCCGUCAGCUCCUCAGACAAUACCUGCAGGAAGUGGGCUACACAGACACCAUCUUAGAUGUUAAGUCCCAGCGUGUUCGAGCGCUGCUAGGUCUAGCUGGAGAUGGAGGAGGGAGGACAGGUGAACGAUCCAGUACGGAGCCUAUGGUUAAUGGGACGGACACAAAGGGCAUGGGCACCAGAGGGAAAGCUGAGUUGUCUGACACAAGUGCUGUAUUAGAGGCCUUCAAGUUCAUUGAGAAUGCAGCUGCUGAGUUCAGUGAUGAAGAUGAGGAAGAUGACAGCGAGGGCAAGGACAGGACUCAUGUUGAGUCCAGAACGAUCCUGAGAAAGAAGCCACCAUCAACAUCAACGUCAACACCUGCCAGUAUGGACACCACUGAGGACCCUGAUACAGAGGAAGCACUGAAGGGCUUUGACUUCCUCUCAAGCCCUGAUGAGAUGGACACUUCACCAGAGUCCAGAGGCACUGGGGACGGCACAGAGUGGGAGAAAGACGAGCAAGGUCCCAUUUCUGAGGCCUGGGACGUGGACCCGGGCCUGAUAACCAAACUCAAGGAGCAGUACAGAAAGGAGCGCAAGGGGAAAAAGGGGGUGAAGAGGCCAAACCGGUCCAAACUGCAGGACAUGCUCGCUAACCUGAGAGAUGCAGAGGACUUGUCCCACAUGCAGCCUCCAUCCACCCCACAAUCCCGGCCCAAUGCUGUUCGCUUCAACGAGCAUGAGGGGAACCGAGCGGAUGAAGUUGAGGCAAUGACGUUCCCGCCCACCUCUGGGAAGGCGUUCAUUAUGGGCACAGAUGAGGCCAUGGAGAGCGAGCUGGGCCUGGGGGAACUGGCUGGUCUCACCGUGGCCAACGAGGCUGACAGUCUGGCUUAUGAUAUUGGCAACAACAAGGAUGCCAUGAGAAAAACAUGGAACCCCAAAUUCACCCUGAGGAGCCAUUUUGAUGGGAUUCGUGCUCUGGUCUUCCAUCCUGUGGAGCCAGUCCUGAUCACUGCUUCAGAAGACCACACGCUCAAGAUGUGGAACCUGCAAAAGACAGCUCCUGCCAAAAAGAGUACGUCUUUAGAUGUGGAACCCAUCUACACUUUCAGGGCCCACAGGGGGGCAGUACUGAGCGUUGUAAUGAGCAGUACAGGGGAGCAGUGUUUCAGUGGAGGUGUUGACGGAACCAUUCAGUGUUGGAACACUCCCAAUCCCAACAUUGAUCCAUACGACUCCUACGACCCAUCAGUGCUGCGUGGAGCAUUGAGUGGACACACUGACUCAGUGUGGGGUUUGGUGUACAGCAGUGCACACCAGCGCCUCCUUUCCUGCUCUGCAGACGGCACUGUGAGGCUGUGGGACGCCAACACCACCUCCCCUGCCCUUGCAGUAUUCAACGACAACAAAAAGCUGGGAAUUCCCUCUUCUGUAGAUCUAGUGUGCAGUGAACCUGCCCACCUGGUCACAUCCUUCACAAAUGGGCAAAUUGGCCUCUUCAACAUGGAAACCAGUCAGCUUGUUCUCAGUCUGGAGUCCAAUUUGGAACCAGGCACUCCCUGUCAGAUCAAUAAGGUCCUCAGCCACCCGACUCUUCCCAUCACCAUCACAGCACAGGAGGACAGACACAUCAAGUUCUAUGACAACAACAGCGGGAAGCUGAUUCACUCCAUGGUGGCUCAUCUGGAUGCUGUCACCAGCUUAGCCGUAGACCCUAACGGCCUUUAUCUCAUGUCAGGCAGUCACGACUGCUCUAUCCGUCUGUGGAACAUGGAGAGUAAAACCUGCAUCCAGGAGUUCACGGCCCACAGAAAGAAGUUUGAGGAAUCCAUUCAUGAUGUGGCGUUCCAUCCAUCUAAGUGCUACAUCGCCAGCGCCGGUGCAGACGCUCUCGCCAAGGUGUUUGUAUGACGCGGAGCUGCGUCUCUCCCUGCAGCCCCGCUCUCUGACUCAGCCUCCCAUGAUCAGGGACCAAUAGAGACACCGCAGGGGAAGGACACACAAACAUGGGUCCAGUCCCACCUCACACAGCCCACUGGUUUCCUGUUGGACUGGCAGACCAUGUAGCCGCUAGCCUCAAAUGGGCCAUGACUCUCAAUAAAACAUGUUGGCAGGGAGGCCAGUCAGGAGGAGAACUGAUCUCUAGUCCUCAAUCUACCAUCCAGGCAGGCCUGGGUGUGACCAGUGAUAGACCCCCCCGCCGCCCCCGCCCCCCCACAGACGGACUAAAAUUUAACCUCCAUAGUUAGGAGGCUCAGGACAAGUGUUAAGAGUGUGGAAUGGAGGAAUGAGGUUUCAAGCUGGUCUUUUGCCCCUGUGACUUCACGCUCAUCCUAAAUCCCUCUGGCCCUUGACCUCUCAGACAAAGCGAGAGCUGGGCCUUUUCCGCCGAGUCAGGUUUUGUGUUGCGUUGUUCCAGAAAAGUGGGGUACCGAACACUUCCUGGAGCUGCUGUUGAAGCCUCUCACUUCUUCUCUGCUUCCCAGACUGACUCUGCUUGCUGGCCUGCCUUUAUUUUCCUUUUUAAAACAUGUAUUUGACAAAUGUGCCUUUGCUUUAAAAAGGUCUUGAAAUUGUUAUUUUAACAAGCUUGAUUUUGGGAACGGGAGGGAGGGAGGGAGGGACAAGGCACAGCAAUGAAGCUGGUUGUGACAUUGUUGUCGAUUUUGACAUUGGAUGUAAAAUUACAAAUGCUUAUAAUAAACAAAAUAUAUAUUCAGUCUUAAAAAUUACUGUGCAGCGUGAGUUUGAGUGCUCCUUUUUUGAUAAGUGUGGUUGGGGCAAAGCUGGUAGAUACAGACUAUUAACUAUAAUGCCUGUUUGUUAGAUUCAAGUAAUUGUACACUUCAGAAGUAAGAUUACAAACAUAUGUGUCCAAAGUAAACCAUCUUGGUUAUAUAAUUACAAUACAAACAUGGUUCUAGAUGUCCAUUUUAGGAAUAACUAAUUAAUUUUGGCCAGUUUGCUCUUGUUUGAAUUGAAUGGCUUGUACUGUAUGUAGUUUUUCCCCAAUUGUGUGGACAUGCUUGACUACAGUGUGAUGUAUCAUGUUCAGAUAUUUACAGUAGUCCAGUGUUUAGCAGGAACCUAGUGCAGUACUGUAGGACUAUUUGACACGAUGAGUGCCCCAUCCAACACUGAGGGAAGAGAACUGUCCUGCUAAUUCCAGUUUAUUGUAAACUGUGUGAAAUGAUCCUGGAUUUAAAGAAAGAAAAGAAAAAAGAAAAAAAAAAUCAAGGUAUGUUGUACGUGUAGAGUACAGCUUAAAAUGAGCCAUUUUCUCAGUCACUGGUUUGUAUAUGAAAGUAUGUUCAAAAUAAAACCUGCUGUAAAAUGUUA